AUGGCCGGCGGUCAUCAUGACGACGGCUCGACCUACAGCCCUCGCAUCGCCUUCAUCUACGUCUUUAACCUUAUCGUGGGUACGGGGGCUCUCGCCCUCCCGUCCGUCCUCACAACAGGAGGAUGGGUUCUCGGAACUCUCUUCCUUCUCCUCGUUGCAUUCACCAGUUUCGUUGGAGUGACGUUUAUGAUUGAGAGCAUGGCUGCGGCAAAUGCUCUCAGCACCAUACGGCAUGCACAGGACGGGCACUACGUGUCAGACACAGAGCCGUUGAUCAGCGAUGGAGAGACGGCUGUGAUUCUGAAUGGCGGAUCCGAAAGCGAUGGGGGCAAUGCACGUGCAGGAGGAGCGGGAGGAGGGGGAGGGGGAGGGCCAGGGGGAAGCGGAGGGGGCGGAGGAGGGGGCAGCAGCAGCAACGGGGGAGGGCCGUUUGAGAUUGUGCAACGAAUGGAAAUGGCGCAGAUGGCGGACAUGUUUUUCAGUGACUGGGGGCGCAUCUUUUUCUACAUCGCCCUCAUUCUGUACCUGUUUGGAGACGCGGCCAUCUACUGCACGUUUGUGCCGCGCUCCCUCGUGGCCUUCUUCUUUCCAGACAACCCCCCGCCCUGGGCUUUUGACGCCUUCCUCGUGCUCUUUGUCGCCGUCAUUGUCCCCUUCUGCUUCUUUGACUUCCAAAAGACCAAGCCCCUACAAAUAGUCACCAUGGUCAUUCGAAACGCUGCCAUUACAACCAUGAUUGUAAUCGCUGCAUGGGUGGCAUACUCCGAAGGGCCUCGCACCACAGGAGUGCCCAAUUUCAGAGUCACUGCCCUGCCGAACCUCUUUGGUGGCGCCGUUUAUGCAUUCAUGUGCCACCACAGUCUCCCCGGCAUCAUCACGCCCAUGAGGGAGAAGUCCUUCAUCCGUGUGGUGCUCUUCUCUGCCUUCCUGGGCGUCUUCGUGCUCUACCUGCUGCUCUUCCUCUCCUGCGGCAUCGCCUUUGGUGUGGGAGCAGAGGACCCUAUCACCUUCAACUUCUCACCAGCCAAGUUCGGCUGGGUCGGCGACCUGCUCUUUCUCUUCCCCGUGGUGACCCUAUCCUCCAACUACCCCAUGCUCACCAUCACUCUGCGCAACAACCUCGACACGCUCCUCACGCUCCUCUUCCCCAAGGGCUCCUCACUCUUCCCCGCCGCCCCUGCCUUCUCCCCCCGCCUUCCCCCGCGCCCCUCCCGCUUCUCUGACUCCCCUGGGGGGGGCGGGGGGGGAGCGGAGAGGGGGGUGCGGGUAUCGGCAAAGGAGAAGAAGGGCGUUGCGUGGAGGAGGGUGAUGGUGACGCUGCUGGCAACGGUGCCCCCCAUUGCAUGCUGUGUGAUUGCAGAGCACAAUGGGGUAAACGUGAACUCGCUGGUUGGAGCAACAGGAGCAUAUGCAGGAGCAGCAGUCAUGUUCAUCAUUCCUGCAUGCCUUGUGUACCGAUCGCGAUGGAUUCUAAAUCAGGAACUGCCGCAGGAUUUGGACGACUCUGCUCGUCGCAACGAGCCACACUCACUCAAUCAGCAUGCAUCACCUUUCCGCAGCCCGUUAUGGGUCUCUUCGCUGGUGGUGCUGGCUAUUCUCGUCAUUGCAUUCAUUUCUAUUGAUGAGAUCUUGUACUGA